UGCAUCUUAGUACGUAUCAUACGGAUAAAUAUAAUGACCGAUUCUGCGCCAACCGCAUGGUAUAUAGCGUAAUUUGUGCAUUGCAUAUUUUUAAAUAUAAUGCAUUAAAUAAAUAACUAUUUUGAUUGCGAUGUAAAAUUAUCCUUCACAAAAUACAUUAGCUGGCAAAUAAUCUAAAAUGGCAGAACAGCAACAACCAACUCCUGAUUUUAAACGCAUGUCUUUGGAUAAGAUAAUAGAGGCAAUGACUGCUGAUUUAGAAAGUUCUAAUGGCCAUUAUGUUCAGUUUGGAAUAUCACCACAACAAACUCCACCGCAUAAUUGGAGUGACUAUCCUUCUGGUCAAACAAGACACUAUAUUGCUAGUCAAUCUCCACAUCCUAAUCCACAAAGCGUGCAAUCUAUGAGUCCAAUUGCAACUUCUUUAUAUAUGCAAGAUAUGCCAAGUUAUGAUAAUACUAAUACUGAUCCUAUUUAUUUUCCACCUCAAACUGUAAAUCAUUUAGGUAUUAACGAAAAUAACGAUUUAGUGGGAACUUUUGAUGUUGGUGGAGGAAAUUAUAUCAAUGUUAUUUAUGGAAAUGCAUCACAAAUAAUGGCAGAACAAUGUCAGCUUUCAAAUAUGACACCUUAUAAAAAUCAAGGUGUAAUGGACAGAGAAUACGGACUUUUCAAUGAUCAACGCAUGAAUAUACCAUCUGAUAUGCCUAAUCAAAAUUUUAAUGGAAAACAAUUAAUUGAUAAUCUUGUAUGUAAUUGGGUACCAAAUCAAUCAGGAACAUAUAGUCCUUUUGGUGGUUCUCCAAAUGUAACACCAGUACCACAAUCUAAUGUAGAUGUCAGAGAUUCUGAAGAUCUACCUAGAAAUAUAUCAGAGAGUCACUAUAAAAGACCACGAAUGGUAGCAGAAGUAAAACCUAUGCGUCCUUCUUAUUCAGAUGUAUUAACAAAGUCAGCACCGACUCCACCUUCUCCAUUAAUUCUACCAUCUAUGAAACCGAAGGUUGAAUCUGUGACCAAAAAAGUCACUAAUAAAAGUUCCAAGAAUAAAAUUAAACCUACAUCAUUAAAGAGACAGAAUUCAUCAGGGAGUGAUGAUCAUAAUUCCCCAAAAUUUCAAGUUCCCAAAAAAGUAUUGGAAAAAAAUAAUUCUAAUCUUCCAAGACGAUGGGUUUCUUUAGAUAAUCUUGGUUCACAAACUGAAACUCAUGAAAUAAAUACUUUUGAUAGAUCAGACCAAUUUGAAAAGAAAAAAGUUUUGAAAACUUCUAAAAAAAAUGACAAAAAUGAGACACUUAACAAUUCAAAAGUUCAAAAUAAUAACUCUAAAACAACUGGCAAUGUUCCAAAACGUCCAAUACAAAUAAAUAACAAUUUAAAUACAAUCAAUAAUUCCAGUCAAACAAUCUCACCUGAAAAAAUUGAAAAAAAUCAGCAACAAAAUAAUAAAAUUAAUAAAGAUGAUAAAAAAGUGACUAAGGAAAGAAAUUCUAAGCGCUUCCAGGCUGAAAAAGCACAGCAGAUUAAGAAAGGUCAAAGAAAUCGUAGAAAAGAAUAUAGAGAAUCUCCUAUUAAGGAUCUAUGUAAAAAUUUAAAUAAAUAUGCAAGCCGAUGGAGUAAAAUUGUAUUAAAGAUUUUCUAUUGGUUAUUACAUUUAAUAUCAGAUGUAGUUAGUAUGAGUGCCAAUCUUGUUAUUCAACUUGGAAAAUGUGCUUGGUAUCACUCUAUACUUUAUUUAAAAUACUCAUGGGUUUAUGUAGUAACAAUGUUUUCAAAAAUACGUAUUCUUAAUGCUUUUGGCAAGCAAUUAGAUCAUUGGUUUGGAAGUAGUAAAUUUGCUUUUUGGCGUAAAAUGAAGACCGAAAAUGAAGAAAAAGAAGAAAAUUCUAAUUGGAUACAUGGUGGACUUGAAGCUAAUAUUGCAUUACCUAGUACUGGAGAGGAAGCUAUGAAGAGAUUAUUAGCUUGUAAAGGCAAAGAUCCAUAUAGCAUACUUGGUGUUACACCAACAUGUUCUGAUGAUGAUAUUAAAAAAUAUUAUAAGCGCCAAGCCUUUUUAGUGCAUCCAGAUAAAAAUAAUCAACCUGGAGCAGAAGAAGCAUUCAAAAUAUUAGUUCAUGCUUUUGAUAUAAUUGGAGAGCCAGAACGAAGACAAGCAUUUGAUCAAACAAGACAGGUUGAAGCUGCUUGGGGUGAAUUAAGUGAUUUGUUAUCCCAAUUACAUAGAAAAAUGGAACAAGCAGCAAAUACUAUAAGGUGUACAAACUGUGGUUUGAGGCAUAAACGAGUUCCGACUCAACGUCCUUGUUAUGCUGCCCGGUUUUGUGCACAGUGUAAGAUACGACACAGCGCAAAAGAAGGUGAUAUAUGGGCAGAAUCUCGAUUAAUGGGAUUUCUUUGGCAUUAUUAUGCUUGUAUGGAAGGUGCAGUGUAUGAUGUCACUGAUUGGGCUGCUUGUCAAGCUGGUAAUUUAAAGCACCUUAGAGCAAACACACAUAGCGUUCAAUAUAGAAUUGUAUUAGGUCAACGUCCACCGCCACAGACUUCUAACAGUGGUAAAAAACGACAACAAAUGGAUCCAAAUACAAGUGAAGCAGAUUUCGAAGAAUUUUUAAAUAAUCUGUACAAUCACAGCAAGCCUGGUAAUCCUAAUACAUCAGCAGAGCAAAGUUCCUUUAGAGGAGAUUGCAGAAGACGAAAAACCAAACGCAAGAAGUAAGCUAAUGUACGCGAAGCUUUGAGAUCUUAUGAUAUUUCCUAUAUAUGAUUACUGAGUAACACAUACUGGUUUGAACUUUUUCUUUUGAGUGAUUGUCAUAACGACAAGUACAGAUUUUGAGACUAUAGUGUGUCUUCAGUGACUGAUACUCUCAAUCUAAUAUUCUAAAAGUAUAUGACUCAAUUAGAGUACAUAACAAAUCGUGCAAAAAAAAUUAUGAUUUGCAUUAGAAAAAUACUCUUGAGAAUAAUAAAUUUUUUAAACGUUUAGAUGCAUCAAGUGCAAAAAAAUGUCAAACAAAACAUGUGAAAAACAUGAUAACAGAAACAAAUGUGCAUCUUGAUUUUGUUGUACAUAUUUAAAAUAGCUUGUACUUUUCUAAUGAAAAAGAUAUAGCUUUUCUUCUUUUUUUUUUUUUUUUUCAUAAACCUCUGAUCAAGACUUACAACAUAAUAAUAUGACAUACUAUGCUUUCAGUACAAUUAUUAAGAUAAAUAAUUUUAUGUUUAAAGGUAUAAAACUAUUAACAAUAAAAGUUUUAUAAUCUACAUUACAUAUUUUUCCGUUUAAAACAAACCAAUAUUGAAAUUAAUUGCUAAUAUACAUCCAAUUUUUAAUCAUUUAUAGUUGAGGAAAGAUUGCAUUAAUAGUUAAUUUAUUGUAUACAUAACAUUGAAAAGUUACUAAUGCUAGAUUUCUUUCAUCACAUACAGGUACGUAAUUAGUAGAUUUUAAGAACUAUUUGAUUUAAAUAUGACAACAUUUUACAAUGAAAAAUAAUCUAAAAUCUCCAAUGAAUUUUAUUUUAUUUUAAUUAAUGUAUUAUACAAUAUUAAUUUGUAUAUUAUUCUAUACAUAGGCAUAUUUACUAAGUACAUGUUAAAUGAACGUGAUGUGGAAUUAAAACAUUCUUAAAAAGAUGAUUACUUUAUUUAAAGAUACUCAGAAUGAUUUCAAUUAAUAUUAACAUUGAUUAAUACCCCACUCUUUGAUAUAAUAUAUUUAAAACAUUUGAUUCUCUUUUUCUGUAUGCAAAUGUUUUUAAAAAAUAUUAAUUCAUUACAUCGUUUCUUUUGUUGUAUGAUAAUUUUAUACUAUUUUGGUAACCAUCAUAAACCAUGAUCUCUAUUAUUUAUAAUUAUUCGAUUAAUUAUCGAAAUUUUGCAAAUGUAAGACUGAUUUUCUUCUUCUUUAUUAAGCAUAUGUUGUAUUAGCAUUUAGAAAAUUUGACAGCAAAUCUUCUGCAAAAAUUGAAUGAAUCUUAAAGGUAAAGUUAACAAUUCUGCAAAUGUUACAUAUAUAUAGAAUUAAUUAGAGAAGUAUAACAUGUACAAAUUUUUUCAGCAUUGUACAAAGUGCAUUAUAAGUUAAGGUGCUGAAAAUAAUAUAAAAAGCAGAAAUAUUUGAUAAUUAUAAUUUACAGAAUAUAAUUGCAGAAACAGGAAAUAACAAUGGCUAAAAGUAUUAUUUAAAUGGUGGUAUUAUAAACUUUUUAGACACGUACAUAUGUGUAUGUAUACAGGUCAAUAAUAGAUCAUUGCAUUAUAAUUAAUUUGAAUUGUGAGAGUGCCAAAGUAUGCUAGAAUUUCAUAUUCAUGUUCAUUUAAGAAUUUUUUUUAUACAUUUAAUUAAAUUAAAGCUUCCUUAUUUGUACUGCCAUAAAUUAUAAAGUGCUUUGUAUAUGCAAGUAUAUCAGCUAUUAACAUGUAUACCAUAUGAAUUUACAAUAAAGCUAUAAAUUAGAUGUACAAGCUA